UAGAGCUCAUCUCCAGACAUUGUCAGCAUCACAUCAUGUCACGCCGUCUCUUGAACCGCGGCCGCGCUGCGGCAUCAUCAUCAUCAUUGACAGGCACUUCCACCACCACCACCACCACCACCACCACAGCCCUCCCAGACUACGAGCCGCUUUCGUUCCCCCUGUCCCACACUGCCCGAAAGGACCUGAUUGAACUGUCCAAUAACCGAGGCACUGCGCCGUAUGAGAGCCAACUGAAAGAAUCGAUCCGCCAUUUGGGCGGCAGUGUCGGCGAUCUAAACGAACGCCUUCGCAGAGGCCAGGAUCGACUGGCCGCACUUUGUGAGCGCCGGGAGGAAAAGGGAACGGCCAAGACAGCGGAGGAGGAGCGCCUAGAAAAAGAGCUCCCCGAAUUUGAGAAGGAGGUUGAGCGGCUCACCCGCGAAUCCGAGCGCGCUCUCAGAGGCUUGAUUGACCGGAAAGCCGAACUGGAGGACGAGGCCGCCGUUUUGCAGGACAUCAGCACUACUGCUGCAACAAGCACAAUAGGUCUGGCGAGAGGAGACCAAAAGAACAACAUCGAAGAAGAAGAAGAAGAACAGGCCGUAGCCAGCGUCAUCGACACCUUCCGUGAGCUCCGCGCAAAGAAGAGGGCUGAGUACAACGGCCUGAGCGCUCACGAACGAUACGCCCUCAACAAUGACUAUGUGGGAUUCAAGAAGCUGUGGCACGAAGCCGCAGCCGGGGAAGACGGGCCUCCGCUACCCGACGCCUCAAGAUGGUUUUCGUCGAAUGGUGAACCAGACAUGACAGUCCCUAGUCGGGACGGGCAAAACGGUUCCCUUGACGACGACGACGACGUGGCUGUCUCGCGCGAAAACCUCAGCAUCAACUGUCCGCUGACUCUGCUGCCCAUGAAGGAGCCGUACAGGAGUCGCAAGUGUCCGCAUGCUUUUGAAAAGGCUGCCAUUCUGGACUACCUGCCGCUCAGAGGAGAGCGCCAGUGUCCUCAGACUGGCUGUUCACAGACAUUUUCUCGUGCCCGCUUCGAGCAUGACUUUUACUUGGACGAGGCUAUGAAACGGAGGAUCCAGCGCUGGCAGCAGGCAGAAGAACAGAACCAGCGCGACAUGGAUGACGAGGACGAU